AUGUCAAAAACAAUUGUUAUGUAAGUUUUUUUUGUGAAAUUGUCUUUGUUGUUAACACUAGCGAGAAAAAAAUCUUAUUCAACCUUUCUUUUCGACAAAAUUUUUAAAAUAAGGCCGAAUAAAACUAUUAUUUCAAACCGGACCUUUUCACAAAUUCACGCUGAACAACUAUUUUAAAAAAAUUUUAACCAUAAACAUUAUUUCAGUGCCCUACUAGCCUCAUCACUACUGAUACUAUCUCUCGAAGCCACGAAUACAACCAUAACCGGUUGUACCGGUCCAGGCUGCCUAGCCAGAGGCUGUCCAGCCGGCGGUUGUCCAAAUCCAUCAGCCCAGAAAGGUGGCAAUAAAAUGGCAUUUGGCAGUUGUUCAUGUGGUGCCAUGAGAAUGCAAGAUCAUUUCGGAAAAGGCGGUUUUGGAGGAUGUAUGGCACCACACAAAUCGUUCGUGCGAAGAGAUGCUACGACUGAAGCACCAAAAACUGAAAGCACUACGCAUCCAAAAGGCACCUUCCAGUCCAUUUUUGGAAAACUGUAG